CCACGUGCCUCACAGAUAUCAUAAAUACACCUCUGUCUCCUGUGCUUACCGACAUUAGUAUUACUCACUCAUCUACCUGUCUCUGAGUCAUGGCUCAUUAGAAAGUGAAAACAAAAUACUCACAGAAGAAAAAGAAGAAGAAGAAGAAGAAGAUAAGGGUGAACUGAGGUCAGUGAAUACAACUAUUCAAGUUUGGUGUUGUCGUUCAUUUCCCAUUCUAAGCAGCGCAAUGGGCAAAACGACGCUGGAUUCGGGAUGGCUUGCAGCUAGGUUCACUGAGGUUCAUCUCACUGGCACUCAACUCACCACCACUCACCCUCCCUCUGCCUCCACCUCACCGUGGAUGGAAGCUCUCGUUCCUGGAACUGUUCUGGCGACCUUGGUGAAGAACAAAAUGGUGCCUGAUCCUUUUUAUGGACUCGGAAAUGAGGCAAUCUUUGAUAUUGCUGAUUCUGGAAGAGACUAUUAUACCUUCUGGUUCUUUACAACUUUUCAGUGUAAGCUGGCAAGCAAUCAGCAUUGUGAUUUGAACUUCCGUGGAAUCAAUUACUCUGCUGAGGUUUAUUUAAAUGGCCACAAAAUGGUCCUUCCAAAAGGAAUGUUUCGGAGGCAUUCUCUUGAUGUUACUAAUAUUGUUCAUUCUGAGGGUAGUAAUCUGCUUGCUGUUCUUGUUUACCCUCCGGAUCAUCCUGGGAGCAUUCCUCCUGAGGGGGGACAAGGCGGUGAUCACGAGAUAGGAAAGGAUGUGGCCACACAAUAUGUUCAAGGUUGGGAUUGGAUAGCUCCUAUAAGAGAUAGGAAUACUGGAAUAUGGGAUGAGGUUUCCAUUUCUAUUACUGGGCCAGUAAAAAUAAUUGAUCCCCACUUGGUGUCAUCAUUUUUUGACAAUUAUAAGAGAGUAUAUCUACAUGCCACAACUGAGUUGGAAAACAGGAGCUCCUGGACUGCGGAGUGCUCUAUGAGCAUCCAUGUGACAACGGAAAUUGAGGGGAGCAUUCACUUAGUAGAGCAGCUUCAAACUCAGAAUCUUUCAGUUCCUGCAAGGUCACGGGUGCAAUAUACAUUUCCUGAGCUCUUCUUCUACAAGCCAAAUUUAUGGUGGCCCAAUGGAAUGGGGAAGCAAUCUCUGUACAAUGUUAUUAUUAACGUUGAUGUUAAAGGAUUUGGUGAGUCUGAUUCAUGGGGCCAUUACUUUGGAUUCCGCAACAUUGAGAGCCAUAUUGAUGAUGCUACUGGUGGAAGGUUGUUCAAAGUCAAUGGAGAACCAAUAUUUAUACGAGGGGGUAACUGGAUAUUGUCUGAUGGGCUACUGCGACUGUCUAAGAAGCGAUACAAUACAGACAUUAAGUUUCAUGCAGAUAUGAAUUUUAACAUGCUUCGAUGCUGGGGUGGUGGACUCUCUGAAAGGCCUGAGUUUUAUCAUUAUUGUGACUAUUAUGGUCUUCUGGUAUGGCAAGAAUUCUGGAUUACUGGGGAUGUUGAUGGACGUGGUAUCCCAGUAUCGAAUCCAAAUGGUCCACUGGACCAUGAUCUUUUCUUGUUUUGUGCUAGGGACACGGUCAAGCUUCUUAGAAAUCAUCCUAGUCUUGCCCUGUGGGUGGGAGGAAAUGAACAAAUUCCACCAAAUGAUAUAAAUGCUGCUCUGAAAAAUGAUCUGAAACUUCAUCCUUAUUUUGAACAAGUACGAGAGAAAGGAAAACCCCUAGGUGACUUGUCCCCAAGGUUGGGGGAUCCUAGCCAGUAUCUUGAUGGCACGCGGAUUUACAUAGAAGGAUCAUUAUGGGAUGGGUUUGCAGAUGGGAAGGGGAACUUCACUGAUGGACCUUAUGUAAUUCAAAAUCCUGAAGAUUUCUUCAAGGGUAGCUUUUACAAGUAUGGAUUCAACCCUGAGGUUGGUUCUGUAGGAAUGCCAGUUGCUGCUACAAUAAGAGCAACAAUGCCUUCAGAGGGAUGGCAGAUACCAUUGUUUAAGAAACUUUCCAAUGGUUAUAUAGAAGAAGUUCCAAAUCCCAUAUGGAAAUACCACAAAUACGUUCCAUAUUCAAACCCAACCAAGGUUCAUGAUCAAAUUCAGCUUUAUGGAGCUGUAAAAGAUCUUGAUGAUUUUUGUUUGAAGGCUCAACUAGCUAACUAUAUACAAUAUAGAGCUCUUCUGGAAGGAUGGACUUCUCACAUGUGGACAAAAUAUACAGGAGUAUUAAUUUGGAAGACACAAAAUCCUUGGACUGGUCUGAGAGGUCAAUUUUAUGAUCAUCUACUUGACCAAACAGCAGGUUUUUAUGGUUGUCGAUGCGCUGCAGAGCCAAUUCAUGUACAGCUUAAUCUGGCUACAUACUUUAUAGAGGUUGUUAAUACUACAUCAGAAGAAUUGUCUAGUGUAGCUAUUGAAGCUUCAGUGUGGGACCUUGAAGGCACAUGUCCAUACUACAAAGUUCAUGAAAAUCUCACUAUGCUGCCAAAAAAAGUAACUCCUAUUGUUGAGAUGAAGUAUCCGAAGUCAAAAAAUCCUAAGCCAGUCUACUUUCUUCUUCUUAAAUUGUACAGCAUGUCAGAUAAUAAAAUUUUGUCACGAAACUUUUAUUGGCUGCAUCUUCCGGGUGGAGAUUACAAGCUGUUAGAGCCGUAUAGGAAGAAGAAAAUACCUCUCAAGAUAACUUCCGAGGUUUUCAUUGAAGGAUCCACUUAUGAACUUCAAAUGCAUGUGCAAAACGCAUCUAAGAGACCAGACUCUAAAAGUUUAACAUUUGAGCACAGUUCAACAGCUAAACAAAGCAAUAGUUGUUUAGUUACAGACUCAAUGGAAACUGUACGUAGUGGGGCUGGAAAUGAACACGAAGUUGGUUGGUUUAGGAGGAUACACGAAUGCUUUGCUGGGAAAAGUGAUGGUUUAAAGGUUUCUGAAGUUAAUGGACAAGACACAGGUGUUGCUUUCUUCCUUCAUUUCUCUAUUCAUGCUGCAAGUAGGGAACACAAGGAAGGGGAAGACACAAGAAUUCUCCCAGUUCAUUACUCAGAUAACUAUUUUUCACUGGUGCCAGGAGAGACCAUGACUAUUAAAAUAUCUUUUGAGGUUCCCCCGGGUGUUAGUCCUCGAGUUACUCUGCAUGGAUGGAAUUACCACGGACAAACCAUACAUGGAGCUCUUUAAUGACGUUACAGUCAAUCUUGUGAACUAAUCAACUCUCUGUACUUAAAGUGCAUCAUGAGAGAACUUCAUGAGUUUUUUUUUUUUUUGUUUCCAAUGACUUACAAAAAAGUCAACAUCGGCAGACAACAUUCGAGGAUUCAUAUUUCCCAUUGUAUGUCACAGAUAAGACCAUGAUAGGUUGAUAUUUCCAGUGCGUUGUUUUUCAGUCUGUGCAAUAAAAAGGAAGGGCGAGAUUCUUAAACCAUUGUAGAAAGAAGUGCAAUUUUUAAACAUUCUAUACAAUUUUAAUGGUUUGAUCGUUCCUUUUAAAUGAACUUUCUUUGCUAAAAAGAAGUGUUGCUCACUUGGCUUUCUUCGUCUAUGGUGCCCUUUUAAGUUUGGUAAUUUUCUCUGUUUUUAGUAGGGAUUCUUGCAUAGUUGCUGUCGUUUUUUUUUAACUAAACGCUCGUCCUUUUUUUUUUGGUUUCAAUUUAGCUUGGAGCCGUUUACAGGAUCAAGCUGUCUCAACGAGACUGAGUAUCUUUUGAGUGCUAAGGCUCUUGGGAAUGGAGUGAAGGUUAUGAUAUUCCUCAAUCAUUUUUUGACUUGUAACUUGAUAAUGAGUUAAUUUUAUCUGUGAUUGAAAAUUUCAUUAUUCUUCUAGCCGAUUGUUAGCGUUUGGCAAAAUAAAAGCAUUUUCCUAUACAAAGUAGGGAUAAACACUUAACAAAACUU